AUGUCAUAUGCAUGCCAACAUUGUGAAAAGAGUUUCCCAGAUAAAAGUCAACUUAAGAUACACAUUACAGUUCACACUGGAGCGAAACCUUACACUUGUCAGCUCUGUGGAAAGAGUUUCGGAACAAAACCUAACCUUAAAGCACACAUGAGGACUCACACUGGAGAGAAACCACACGCAUGCCAUGAGUGUGAAAAGAGUUUUAAAACUGCAGGUUACCUUAAAAAACAUUUGAGGAUUCACACUGGAGAGAAACCUUACACUUGUCAACAGUGUGGAAAGAGUUUCUCUGUUGAAGGAAACCUUAAGAUACACACAAGGAUUCACACUGGAGAGAAACCGUUCACUUGUCAUGAGUGUGAAAAGGGUUUCAGAAGUAAAGGCAGCCUUACAGCACACAUGAAAAUUCACAAAGGAGAGAAACCUCACGCAUGUCUUCAGUGUGGAAAGAGUUUCAGUACGAAGCGUCACCUUACGAGACACAUGAUGAUUCACAGUGAAAAGAAACCUCACGCAUGUCUUCAGUGUGAAAAGAGUUUCAGAGAUAAAACGAGACUUGAAACUCACAUGAGAAAUCACACUGGAGAGAAACCUUACAUAUGUCUUCAGUGUGAAAAGAGAUUCAGUACGUUGAGUAACCUAAAAUCACACAUGAUAACUCACAGUGAAAAGAAACCUCACGCGUGUCUUCAGUGUGAAAAGAGUUUCAGAGAUAAAACGAGGCUUGAGAUUCACAUGAGAAGUCACACUGGAGAGAAACCUUACAUAUGUCUUCAGUGUGAAAAGAGUUAUACAAGUGAAGACAAUCUUAAGGUACACAUGAGGAUUCACACAGGACAGAAACCGUUCACUUGUCAUCACUGUGGAAAGAGUUUUACAAUGAAACGUGACCUUAAUGCACAUGUGAGAAUUCACACUGGAGAGAAACCAUACGUGUGUCAACAGUGUGGAAAGAGUUUCAGGACAAAAACAAACCUUAACAAACACAUGAGAAUCCACACUCAAUAGAAACCAUUCAUGUGUCAACAGUGUGGAUAUGGCAACAAAGUUUAUAAAUCAGCUGAGGUCUUAUUAAUAAAACAGUCUGGAGGAUCUUUACUAAAAGUCUACAUGUGCACAAAAGGCCAAAAUGGUGUAGGGCAAAAAAGAUUCAGGCCGUUUCUCAAUCUGCGUUCUUGUUGGUUCUUGUGUUCUUGUGAAAUGUCAUCAGUCGUGGCCCAAGUACUGUUCCAGUUCCAUGUUCAAGCCAAGUUCACAUAACAUCUCAGGAUGUGUUCUUGAUCUGCUCAUUUUAUCGAGGAUGCAUCAGAAUGUGACUUGUGUAGACUUAUGACAAACAAGUUUCCCAGAAUGCAUUUCACGUUAACGGCAAAGGAGCUUAAAAUUGGAACAAUAUUCAAAAUAUUACUCUUUGUGUCAUAAAAUGUAGCUGUUUGUCGAGAAUAUAGAUGAAUAAACGUUAAAUCUGUGGUCAGUUAGUAAAGAUAAUUCCUAUAUUAAAAUUUCCUCUGACAAUUUUGGAUAUGUGAGUUCAAGUUAAUCAGCGGGCAGUCAGUGCCGUGUACACCGCCGAGGGCAGCCUUAUUUUGGCAAGUCCUUCUGAAAUUUGCCGCUGUCUCAUUGCAGCUGCUCUGCCCUUCAGUGUCUGAUCGUUAAACAUGGAAUAUUCUCUUUGGAUAUAUCUAACAGGAAUAUUUUUGUCUCAUCAAUUUAUUUUUCUUUAUUAUUCAUAUGAAGUCUGUUAUUUGUUAUUAUCGUUUAAACUGAUGUUAAAGUUAAGUUUCAUAACUAUUAUACUGUAUAUUUUCUAUAGAAUCUUAACACUGAAUCACUGCCUUUUUGUACUUUAACUAGAUUUUUACUUG